AUGCAGCUAAUCGGCUGGCUAGCACCUCAAAGCGGAAGUGAGCAUUAUCUAUACGUAUAUGGCUGGCGCUUGUUCGUUGCAUUGAUUGUGAUUUACCUGCCAUGCGGAUUUGUGCUCAGCCUGGUGCUGAACUCUAAGCUGCUGUCAGUAAGCGAGUUCUUUGUGAUGCUGCAGACUUUCAUAAGCAUCUUUGGCGCCAUAGCCAAGUCGCUCAAUGUGUGCACACUGCUUGGGCGCCUGAGAGCCACAGAGUGUCUGCUGGAUAAACUGGACAUGCUGCUGCUGAGCCAAGCUGAUCGCCUGAGAGUGCGCAAAUCUGUGGCACUUUGCAAUCGCAUUGUGCUCGUCUACAGCAGCGUCUAUGUGGGCUAUGUGGCAACGAUGUUUAUGGCUGCCAUUUGGGCUGGCAAGCCGCCAUUGAUGAUGUACUUUGUGCUUUUUGAUUGGCGCAACGGCGCUGCCAGCUUUUAUAUACACUUGCUGUUUGAAUUUGUGAUGCUCAUUUAUGCAGUGCUAAUGGGCGUGGCAGACGAUACAUAUAAUCUGCUGUUUUUAAUAAUAUUUCGCACGCAUAUGGCAGUGCUCAAGCAGCAGCUGCAACUGCUGCGGGCUGAUCCCAACAAAACGGAGGCUCAAAACUAUUCGCAGCUUGUGCAUUGCAUUGUUUAUCACCAGAGCAUACUACGCUGCUGCGAGAGCAUUCGUCCUGUUAUAUCACGCACUAUAUUUGUGCAAUUUGUCAUCAUCGGCUCAGUGCUGGGCCUCACACUAAUGACUCUGCUCUUCGUGGAUAAUUUCUGGCAGUGCUUACCUAUGAUUGUAUCCUUUAUGGCCAUUCUGCUGCAGACGUUUCCAUUCUGCUAUCUAUGCGAUUUGUUCGUUGACGACUUCAAGCAGUUGUCUAAUGCAGUGUGGGCCACGCCCUGGAUCGAUGCAGAGCCAAGAUAUAAGAGUACUUUAAGAAUAUUCAUACAACAUGUGCAGCGGCCAAUUGUGUUUAUUGCAGGUGGCAUAUUUCCUAUUUCCAUGAAGAGCAACAUUCAUGUAGCAAAGUUUGCAUUCAGCGUUAUUACCAUACUACAACAACAGAAUCUAGCUGAACGCUUCGAGUAG